AUGAGCACCAAGGCUGAUGUGACUCGAAAGUGUUUGCAGCCUGCGUACCUUGUGGGUCUGUUCAUCACUGGCAUCCUCUCUCUGGACUGUAACGUGCUGAAUAUUCACCUGAGUAGAGUCACCUGGCAAAAUAUGAGACUUCUGAGCGGUAUGAGCAAUUCAUUUCCUAUAGAGUGUUUAAGAGAAAACAAAGCUUUUGAGUUGCCCCAUGAGAUCCUAUCACACAUCCAGCCUGUGAAAAGGGACAUCAAGAAGGCCUUCUAUGAAAUAUCCAUACAGGCCUUCAACAUCUUCAGUCAAUAUACCUUCAAAUCCACUUGGGAAGAGAAACACCUAAAACAAAUCCAAAUUGGACUUGACAAGCAAUUGCAGUACCUGGAACAAUGCUUGGAGGAAGAGGAGAAGGAAGAUGAAGACAUGAAAGAGACAGAAGAGGAUGGUACGAAACACUCAGGAACUAUGGUCCCCCGGCUGAGCCACCUAGAACUGAGGAGAUAUUUCAACAGGAUAUACAAUUUCCUGAAAGAGAAGAAAUACAGUCACUGUGCCUGGGAGAUUGUCCGAGUAGAAAUCAGAAGAUGUUUCUACCUCUUUCUGAAAUCCAUAGUACUACUCAGGAGGAAAUAA